AUGUUCACAAAUACGAUAAACAAAGACCAAGUUAUCUGGAGCUUCGGCUGUCUAAUCUUCGAGCUCUUCGCCGGCCGCCCCCUCUUCGUGGUCCCGGACAUGGGCAGCAGAGAAUCAGUCGACGACGACCACUUCUUGCAAUUCCACGACAUCCUCGGUCCGAUUCCGCAUUCGCUUUGGUCGAAGUAUUCACGCGCGCAUAUCUACCACAAUGAGAAGGGUGAGCUGGUGAAACACUACAUUGGUGAACUCUCAUCGGGGUCUGAGUCCGAUUCGGUCGAGCCUUUGGCUCCUCUUGAGGGAGCGUUUGAAGAAGAGAAACCGGAGGAUUUGACCGUGAAGGAUGCUGAAAAUGUGAAGAGGUUGUUGCUGUAUAUAUUGGACUAUGAUCCAGGCAAGUGGCCUUCUGCCGGGGAGCUGCUUGAGGAUCCGUGGUUUGUCGGAAUUGCCGCUGCGCUGGGGAGAGUUGGGAGGAAUGAGGGGUUGACCAGAGUGCUGUACUUGCUGCGCUGA